CAGUAUCUUACGUGCACCUGUAUCUCUGCAACAGCCCUGGUCCCUCUAGGCUAUAGCAUAGCUUCCUUGGCCCAUCCGGCCAUACCCACACAUGGAAGAACUCCCUGUUUAGUAGUCUAUUGGAGUCCGCCAGUUUUAAACCUGAAAUCUGAAAAGAGAGAGAGAGAGAGAGAGAGAGCUAUAAAACCAAAAGCCCCAUUCCAUACAAGUUACCUGAUGUUAAUUUCUUUUCCCAUUAUCAGAAAGCACCUCAUUGGAACCAAAAACUGAUGAGAAAGAGAAGCUUCCCCUGAGAAGUAGCUUUCGUGGCUUUAAAAAUGGAUGCAACAAAUCACAUCUCUGAGUUUUGCUGGUUUUGCUGUUCGCUACGGAUCACCAUUGUUGUAUGCCGAUCCAAAUACUGCAACCUAAGGGCAUUUUUACGGCUUCUUUGUAAAUGGUACGGUGAAAUAGAAGCUUUAUGGCCAUUUUUAAGGUUCUUUCCUUCUAGAACUAGCAUCUAAAUGUGUUAAUGGCCAUCACUAGAACUCGUUUUACUCGUAGGAUUGCUUGAAUUCGUAAAACUUUCUGUAACUACAGUCGUCUGAAUUGUUUUUGAGAAUGGCUACAAUGGUCCUUUGCGGUUAUAUUAACAAAUUCAAUUGACUACUAGUUAACCUUCUUCAGCAUAGCUUAUGAACGACAUGAGUUGGUUUCUCGCGAGACCAUUUUCUUAUGUACCCAUAUGAAAAUUUUCACCGAGGACUGAGCUCUCUGUUUCACUUAACCAAAACAUCCAAAUUUCUGCUAUUGCAAUUUGGACAAGAUGCUGUGUGCCUGCUCAGGGGAGCAAUUCAAAUUUGAAGAGGCACCGCAGUCUCCGGAGUCAUUGGCCACAAGGGAUUUCUCGGCAAGCGGCCUUUCAUCUAGGACUGCGGGAGAUUGGGACUCUAAACUCGAGGAUAGUCAGGUGGAUGAAGCUGAAUCAACUCUCAAAGAAGCUCUCUCAUUGAAUUACGAGGAAGCCAGAGCAUUGCUGGGGAGGCUUGAAUACCAGAGAGGGAAUUUUGAUGCUGCUCUUCAGGUAUUCCAGGGCAUUGACGUUAGAAGUUUAACCCCUAAAAUGAUCAAGGCCAUAGCUGAAAGAACUCGGCAAAGAAAGCCACGUUCUAAAGGUGAUAUUGUGCCUGCCACUGUCAUGUCCAUGCAUUCAGUGAGUUUACUUCUUGAAGCAAUCUUACUGAAAGCAAAAUCACUAGAGGAACUUGGGCAUUGUAGAGAGGCUGCAAAGGAGUGCAGGAUUAUUUUAGACAUAGUUGAAUCAGCACUACCUAAUGGUAUGCCUGAAGGAGUUGGUGAAGACUGCAAAUUGGAGGAAAUGUUUCACAAAGCAUUGGAGUUUCUUCCAAUUCUGUGGACAAAGGCAGGUUUGAUUGAUGAAGCUAUUAUUGCAUAUCGCCGGGCUCUAGUCAUGCCAUGGAAUUUAGAUCCACUGAGGUUGGCUGGAGUGCAAAAAGACUUAGCUUCCAUUUUACUUUUUGGUGCUGUUGAAGCAAAACUUCCCCCUCACUUACAAACAUGGGGACCAGGGUCCCCCAACAAUAGUACAGAGGAAGCAAUCCUUUUGUUGUUGGUUCUCAUGAAUAAGGUAGCUUAUGGGGAAAUCGAGUGGGAUGAAGAAAUUAUGGAUCACCUGACAUGUGCUCUCUCAAUUAUUGGGCAGUUUGAAUUAUUAGCAGAGCAUGUGGAGCAGGUCCGUCCAGGUGUCUAUAACCGUGCUGAUAGAUGGUACUUUCUUGCUCUUUGUUACAGUGCUGCUGGCCAGAAUGAAACAGCUUUGAACCUUUUAAAGAAAGUUUCUGGUUUUUCAGAAUCAAAGCACAAACCCCAUAUCUCUUCCUAUCUAUUGGGAGCAAAAUUGUGUUCUGAAGAUCCAAAGCAUGCUCAUGAUGGCAUUAAUUUUUCUCAUAAAAUAAUUAACUUGGCUAAUCAUCAAAGUCAACAUUUCAUGGGUGAAGCCCAUAAAUUGCUUGGUGUUUGUUAUGGGAAUGCAGCGAGAAUUUGCUUAUCUGAUUCUGAAAGAAUUCUCCUGCACAAAGAGUCUUUGAACUCUCUAAGCCAUGCUGCUCUAAAUAGGCAGGAGGAUCCUGAAGUAUUGUAUAGCCUUGCACUUGAGAACACACUGCAGAGGAAUCUAGAUGCAGCUUUUGACAAUGCAGUUAUGUACACUGAAACCAUGGCUGGUAACUCUGUGAGAGGUUGGAAGCUACUCUCCCUUAUAGUUUCUGCCCAGCAGCGUUUCAGGGAUGCUGAAAUAGUUGUUGAUUUGGCUUUGGAUGAGUCUGGGAGAAUAGAUCAGUUUGAACUUCUUAGGUUGAAGGCUGUGCUUCAAAUUGCUCAGGAGCAGCCCAAGCUGGCAAUAGAAACAUACAGAAUAUUGCUGUCUCUUAUUCAAGCACAGAGAGAUCUUCAAGACAAGAAUCCUGUUCUCGCUCAUAUCUUUGAGUCUGAGGCACUAGCAGAAAGAAACUUGGAACUGGCAGUGUGGCAAGAUUUGGCUGCUAUUUACUCUAAACUUGGCUCAUGUCCUGAUGCCAAAAUUUGCAUGGACAAAGCAAAGUUGCUGGACUUUCAUUCUCCUAGAAGUUGGCACACCACAGGAGUGUUUUUUGAAGCUCAAUCACUGCACAAAGAAGCCCUUUUUUCUUUCUCAGUCUCACUGUCAAUAGACCCAGACUAUGUUCCAAGUAUUGUCUCCACUGCAGACGUGUUGAUGAAACUUGGAAAGCAGUCAUUUCCAGUUGCCAGGAGCUUUUUAAUGAAUGCAUUGCGCUUAGACCCCACAAAUCAUCAAGCAUGGUUCAGUCUUGGCUUAAUUUCAAAAAUGGAAGGCUCAUUACAGCAAGCUGCAGACUUUUUCCAAGCUGCAUACGAGCUCAAGCUGUCAGCUCCUGCGCAAAGCCUAGUAUGAAAAUGGUUUUCCAAUUAUUUCAAGCAGAAAGUACCCAAAACAGGGAUCUCCGUGAAUUAUAUUUAUCAUUAAUUGGCCAUUGAUUGCAAUGGCUCGACAACUAUGCUUAUUCCACUCAGUCACUCACCGUGUCUAGUUAUAGAUUCCCAUGAUUGAUUUGUAUAGCAAAUCCUGCUUUAGGUUUGAAUUACUCCAGUUUAUAUCAUAAAAUUUUUGAGCA